AUGGGUCCGAAGGGAAGCAGCACCUACGUGCGAGCACUCCUCGAUCAGGGUUCGGAGUCGUCAUUUGCUUCGGAACCCAUAGUGCAGUUGUUGGGGUUAUCAAGGAGACGCGCUUCCGUAACACUGUCGGGACUUGGUUCCACUGAGACAAGAACUGUGACCGCGAGGACGCAGUUGGUGCUACGGUCCCGCGACAAUCCUAAAUUCGAGUUUGAAACAGACGCGCUCGUGCUCCCAAAGCUCACCUCACGUCUCCCAUCCGAUAGAUUUGGUGAUCUAGAUUUGCAACAAUUUGAGGGUCUCACGCUAACGGAUCCGGACUUUUCGGUUUCCCAAAACGUAGACUUGAUUUUGGGCGCUGAUGUUUAUGGCCAGUUGCUCCGUCCCGGCCUGAAACGGUUCCCUACCUCACAACUUGUCGCUCAAGGUACGGCUUUCGGCUGGGUGAUUUCCGGUAUGGUGCUGUCCGACAAGCGGCUGGAGGACAGGACUCUCUCUUCCUUGCCAACACAGGCACUUCACUGCACGGUUGAACUAGAUUUGGAGCAGACCCUGCAACGCUUUUGGUCUCUCGAAGAGAUUGCUCCAAAUUCAAGUAAGCUAAGGCCCGAGGACGAGAUAGCUGAGCAUUUAUUCAAAGAGACUUACAGUUGCGACUCACGAAGUCGAUACGAAGUCCGGCUUUCUGUGAAACCAGACCGCCCUAGGGUAGCUAACGAGACUAGGUCAAUGGCGCUAAAAUCUCUUUCUAGUAUGCAACGUCAAUUUUCGCGAGACGCUCGAUUGGCUGAGGCGUACGGUAGCUUCAUGAGGGACUACGAACGACUGGGACGUAUGACUCGACUUCUGGCCUUAGAAAUACGGUGCGAGGAUGCGUGGUACCUUCCACAUCACGCAGUGAUUCAGGCUUCGGGUGACAAAUGGAAACUUCGUGUUGUGUUUGAUGCCCCUCGGAAAACUCGCGAAGGGCACUGUCUGAAUGACUUUUUGUGGGCAGGACCCCCCCUCCAGAGCGAUCUGUCCUUGAUCCUCUUGAAUUGGCGAAAAUACCGUUUUGCGUUCACCGCAGACAUAGUGAACAUAUUCCGGCAAGUCCUGGUCAAGUGCGAAGACCAGGAUUUGCAGAGAAUUGUGUGGGCCCCGACCGCUGACGCCAGUCCUGUUGAUUACCGCUUGCAUACUGUCACGUACGGGACAACUUGUGCUCCAUAUCUGGCCAUUCGCAUGCUUUCACAGUUGGUUAUUGAUAAAGGGGAAGUUAACCUUCCCCUCGGAGCUGAAUGUCUGAAAGCAGAGACGUAUGUUGACGACACCUUCGCAGGGGCGGAAGACCUUUCUACCGCGGUUCAGAAAAGACUCGAACUUAUAGAAUUGUUAAGAUUGGGUGGUCUCGAGCUCGACAAAUGGUCCGCAAAUCAUCCCGAUCUUCUGCCACCUCAGGCACGACAGAACUCACCGAAAGAAAUCGACGGCGACGCGUUGGUCAAAACCUUCGGGACCCAUUGGAUCCCAUCGCAGGAUGAUUUUAAGUUCCGUGCAGCGGACGUGGAAGAGAUGUCCACUGCUGCAACGAAACGUUUCAUCCUUUCGAAUGUCGCGCGUUUGUUUGACCCGCUCGGGUGGCUAGCUCCAAUCACUGUGACGGCGAAGGUCUUAAUGCACGAUUUGUGGAUUCAGAAGUGCUAUUGGGACUCGCCUCUCCCCGCAGAAUUCCGCGAGCGAUGGCAUACUCAUUACACGUCUUUGACACAGUUGCCACCUCUAUCCAUCCAUCGUUGGUUGGGGGUCGCAUCUUCCCGUUCCUACCAGAUUCAUGGCUUUUCCGAUGCGUCUCCUCGCUCAUAUGCAGCCGUGGCAUAUUUACGAAUUAACGAGGAAAAUGGUCGGUUCAGUGUUUUGCUUCUCGCCGCGAAGAACAAGGUGGCUCCCGUCAAAACGAUCAGUAUCCCGAACUUGGAAUUGUGUGGUGCUGCACUUCUCGGUUAA